AUGUAUUUGUGUGCUCGUCGUGUUUGUUCAUUCUUUAUUGUAAAUAAUUUCCAUAGGAGAUUGUGUAGAUUUGGGCCUUGGAAUGGAAGAUGGAGAAAUUCCAAAUGAUAAAGUAACUGCUUCUUCUGAACAAAGCGCCAACACACCAGCCACGAAUGGUCGACUGAAAUACACAUCAGGAUCAUCAUGGUGUGCAGGAACAGGUGAUACUAACCCAUAUCUACAGAUUGAUCUACAGACACUUCAUAUCAUCUGUGCUGUGUCCACCCAAGGGAAUUCUCAAGCAGAUCAGUGGGUGAAGGACUACAAACUACAAUUAUCCACAGAUGGGACAACUUGGACAGACUACAAGGAAGCUGGACAAGUUAAGGUAUAG